UUUGGACUGGAGCCAAUCAGCUGUCAGAGGACCGUGAUAAAUCGCAAUGCAUUAUUGAUAAUAAUAAUUACGUUGACAUGCGCAUUUCUACUUUGCAGGGGACUAAUUUUCACCGACGAGCAGAAGAAUUUGCUGAAGAAGGAGAGGAAUAUUGUUUGGCAACUCUUUUGCUCCUGAUGGUUGCACCAUGUCGAGGCGCAAGCAAGCCAAACCGCAACACAUCAACUCCGACGAGCCAGAGUCGCUGCAAAAUGGGAUUCCUCGAGAUGAUCAAGCUGAGGAAACUGGAACUGAAACAAAGAGGUUCAGAAUGGACGAGACCAGGGUCUGCAACAAGUGUUGCGCUGAAUUCUUCGACGAAGACGACUUUCUCGAGCAUGAGAAAAAAUGCACUGAAAGUCAGAAAGUGGUCAUCAUGAAAGAUGGAGAUGGCAACGAAGUGCCUGAGGAAUAUUCACAAGGCUCUUUCGAAGGCCUCACGAGUGACCAUGACGACAGCCAGUCCAGCAGUCAUUCCCUAUCAAAUGUCAAUACAGACCAUCUGGAAAGAACAGAGGAAGAGUCAAGCGUGAAUGCGGAGGACUCAGGACUGCAGGAUCAGAUGGAGAUGCCUGCUAGCCCUGACAUGACUUUCCAUCCAUCACGGAAAAUGCAACAUUCAAAUGUCACUCUUGAAACCAUGGCGGACACUAAAGUGGCCGUCUCCCAACAUUAUUCAAACGAUACAUGUCUGACCUCAUCGCAGGAUGUGCUGCAGGCCAUCCCAAUGAUCUUGGAACAGUUGGUGUGCCUCCAGCAACAGCAGCUACAGCAAAUCCAGCUAACAGAACAGAUUAGAAUCCAAGUAGCAAUGAUGACUCCACAGGGUCUCCAGGCGUCAGUAGGGGCAGCAAUGGACCCUCUGAAAGCCCUCGGUGCACAUCUCUCUCAGCAGCUGUCUGCUGCAGCAGCUCAAAUAGGAAAAAGGACCGGCAGUCAGAGCCUUUCUCUGGAGACAAUGAAGCAAGGUAAACUACCUCUGCCCACUGGCAUCCCUACCUCUCUACCCAGAGGACUGGACUCUAUGACUUCUAAAACAAACAUUUUGAAGGGCAAUCCAGAUCUGGCUAGCCGUUUACCAGCACAACUACCACAGUCACCAGGUGUCAUGGGUUUCACCAGCACCUUCAAUGGCAUCCAAGCAGGGAUCGAGUCCUCCAAAAAAGUGAAAGCGAAGAUGCUGAGCCCCCUGCCAGAAUCAAAUAAUGGUGACUCGUUAUACAAGCACAAGUGUAAGUACUGCGGAAAGUCCUUUGGAAAUGACAGCGCUCUCCAGAUUCACUUGCGCUCUCACACCGGCGAGAGGCCGUUCAAGUGCAACAUCUGCGGAAACCGCUUCACAACCAAAGGAAACCUCAAAGUGCAUUUCCAGAGGCACAGAGACAAGUACCCUUACAUCGGCAUGAACCCACAUCCUGUGCCAGAGCACCUUGACAACAUCCCCACCAGCAGCGGCAUUCCCUUUGGCAUGUCCGUGCCCAUGGACGAGUCAAACAUGACCGACGUUAAGCCUGUGCUAGGUCAUCCUGCGGCUGGCUUCCACCCAUCGCCCGUACCAGGAUUCAAGACAUUUGAGAGCUUUCCAGGUGAUCCAUUUUCCCGGAGACCCUCUCCAUCAACAAGCAACUGCUCCCCAUCUGUUUCCUCUAACGCGUUUGGCCAAGAGACAGGAGUGGAUCCGACUCAGAAGGAUGCUAAAGAACUACUUGGUGCGCUGCAUCACAUGAAUGGUAACGCCCUCAUGGGAGAACAAAGCUCUGGAACUGCAAAACUUCAGGAGAUGGUGGACGGCCUGGAAAAGAGGACCGGCGAUCCCAAUGAGUGUGUGAUCUGCCAUAGAGUGCUCAGCUGCCAGAGCUCACUCAAAAUGCAUUACCGCACGCACACCGGUGAGAGGCCCUACAAGUGCAAAAUCUGCGGCCGCGCGUUCUCCACCAAAGGUAACCUCAAGGCCCAUUACGGAGUGCACAGGGCUAAUACUCCUCUCAAAAUGCAGCACUCGUGUCCCAUCUGCCAGAAGAAGUUCACCAACGCCGUGGUUCUGCAGCAGCACAUUCGCAUGCACAUGGGCGGGCAGAUCCCCAACACCCCGAUGCCAGAGAACCAGUUUGACGCAGCAGCAGAAGCAAUGGAGUCCUCUCUAUCGGAGGAGAAGUCUAUGGACAUGAAUGGUUUUGAAGCAAGCACGGAGGACAAUGAGCCAGAGCUGAACUCCCAGAAGCCAAACGACACCUCAGAUAUCCUCCCACCUCCCUCUGAGGAACAACCACAGAAGCACGCCGUCUCCCCCACCGUGUUCUCCAGCCUUGACGUUUUGAAGAAUCUCACCUCUGCUCUUGCACUGAAUCGACAGAGUAGCACCGCUUCGGAAAGCGAGGGAACAUCCAAAGAGUUGCCAUCAGUUCCCAGAGAGCAGGAAUAUCACAACGGCCGAAGUCCCACCAUUUCUGACUCCGCCAUGUCGUUUCUCUCCUCUUCCCCACUACACAACAAUAUGAGUAUUGGCAAGUCAACCGAGUCUGCUGCUGAUGAAUUUGCCCGUAGUGUGCCUAAACUGGAGUCUGACGGUGGUGCUCAUGGUGGCGCCGAGUCAAGUGGAGCCCUCGACCUCACGGCUUCCAGCAGCUUCACCCCCAAAGUGAUCAAAGAGGAGCCUGGCAUGCCAUUCACAAAUGGAGAAUAUGUUCCUGGGAACAUGGCCUUCAUGAGGAUACCAUCAAGUCUGGCCAGCCUGGAGAUGACGCUCCCUCCAGAGAAUCCUAUGGGACCUCAUGGUUUGUUCAGCUCCCACAUGCCUCAGGGAACAGCCAUGAACUCCUCCAUCUCCACCGCCCCGCGCCGAUCAGCCAAGCAGCACGUGUGUCACGCCUGCGGCAAGAACUUCUCCUCCGCCAGCGCCUUGCAGAUCCACGAGCGCACUCACACAGGGGAGAAGCCAUUUGGCUGCAACAUCUGUGGCAGGGCUUUCACCACCAAGGGAAAUCUAAAGGUGCAUAUUGGCACUCACAUGUGGAACAACACAUCGCGGCGUGGCCAGCGCCUGUCUCUGGAUAACCCCAUGGCGUUGAUGGCGAUGGGUUCCGAGGCUCCGCAGAUGUUGCCAGAGAUUAUGCAUGCCCCCAAAGAACUGGGUGCUCCACCACCAAUGAACUUUGACCAGUCUCUGUGGAACCAGUACGCUGCUGCCUUCAGCGGGGGCCUGACCAUGAAGACCAAUGAAAUUUCCGUCAUCCAGGGUGGCGGCGUCCCGCUCCCAGGGAGCCCCUCCGGCGGGCCUCUGAUCGGAUCCACUGGAGGCCUCAUGAAGAUGGACGGAUCCCACUCCGGCCUGCCCGUCACCAUGGCCGAAAUCGAGAAGAACAACUCCGACAGCGUGCCAAAAUCGCAGUUCCCACAUUUCAUGGAGGAGGGUAAAAUUGCAGUGAAUUAGGCUUUCAGUGAAUUUACCACCCAAAGUCAAUUCUUGAAUGUCUCCUUUCUGAAUGAGGUACAAUCAAUAUUCACAGAGAACCUUGUAGAAUGUGCUGAGAUUGGUUGAAUUUUUUUCCAGUAUCGCAGCUUUCUCCCCUCCUGAUUCUAAGUGUUAUUUUUAGUUGAACUUGAUAUAACUACUGUAGUUAUAUUUUAUUUUCUAUAAAUAUAUAUGCGGGUAUUUUUUUCCUGUGAGUUUUGUUUUGCUGUCUAUCCAGAAGUUUGAAUGUAUAACUUACUUGAAACUGCUUUAAUUCAGACCGUCUCCUCGUUACUUUAUUUUGAAGGAUUUUUGACUUUAAUAGGAACGUUUCAGGGCAUUUUAAGGACACCAUGUCUCAGUGUUCAGAAAUAAUGGUGUAGUUAACCGUAUGUAUCUAGAAUGACUACUUUCCCUCCUAUUGUGUGCCAUAGGUUUUAUGACAUUUUUUGUAGUGGUAAAUGUCAUUAGCGUGUCAUUUUGAAGGGGCUUUUGAUCAGACUGACAUAUUUAUUCCAGUGUCUUGUCCAUUAAAUCAAGUUGCAACAGUUCAUUUGUCAAUUUUGGAUACUGUAGAUUACAAAAUAGGCUUUCAUCAUUGUUGCAUUGUUGCUAAGAUACGGUAGGUAAUGACUCGGACCUUUUGCCAAGUGCCUCAUUUUGAAUUGUACAAUGUUGCUGUUGUCUUUCACAGCACCAUAAGGUUGUUAUGAAGGCUCUGUUAGACUGAUAAAUUAGUGUGUUGUACCGUGUAACAUUGUAUUUCAUAUUUUCAUCAGUUUACAAAAGUCAAUUUUCCACCUUAACAUAUUCCACUUGUAAAUCUGCAGAUUCACAUUUAGUUGGCUGAGCGCUGAAGGCUAUUGUGUGCUUAAUGGUCUCAUGCCUGCACUUUAUUUCAGGUUACAUUAACAUUUUAUAGUUACAUUUCACUGCUUUUAUUGUGAUGGGAAAGGGCAAAUCAACGAUUUUGUCAACUUUUCCUUCCUGUCAGAUUUUGUGUGAAACAACCAGUUGUCAGACUUUUUUUUUCUUCUAGGUUCUCGUAUCAACUGUAGCAUCAUUAAUUUAUUUAUAGUUCACAAAAUGCUUGAGGUUAGGGGGUAAGUUCUACCUCGUUUAGAUUUUAGUUGUCCUACGCACCCCCUACGCUCAACGCAAUGCUCUGUAUACAUUUUCCGAUACAUUCUUCUCUGAGUAUACGGUAAACAUUUUCAUUCUCAACCUGCUGAGUUGGAACAGUACUGAAUGUAUCACUGGACACUUUACACCACUCAGAAUGGUCAGAGUACUUUUGAGGCCCCCCUGCUGUACAUUCCUUAUCGAUAUGCAUUUGCCAAGUUGUGCCUUUCUUUAGCAAACCAUGUCAAAACUGCUUUCAAGUUGGUCUCUACAGUUCAAGUGAUGUUGAGCCAAUUUGGCCUGUUUACAAUGUAAAUGUUUUUUUUGUUUUGUUUUUUUUCAAAUGUUUCCUACAUCGAAAUAUUUUCUGAUUUUGAAAAAUAAAAUCAGGGUGACUUUUUCAA